GUUAUUCACUUUCUGCAAGGUAUGACAAAUUACUCAACAAGGGCAAGCUGAUUCACUUCUUUACAUUUUUUUCUGAAAUAUGAGCUACAGCAAUGGAAACAUAAAUUGUGAUAUAAUGCCGACAAUCUCGGAAGAUGGAGUGGACAACGGCGGUCCCAUUGAUGAACCAUCGGACCGAGACAACAUUGAGCAGCUGAUGAUGAACAUGUUGGAAGACCGGGACAAAUUACAAGAACAGUUGGAAAAUUAUAAGGUGCAACUGGAAAAUGCAGGGCUCCGAACGAAAGAAGUUGAAAAAGAACGAGAUAUGAUGAAGAGACAGUUCGAAGUUCAUACGCAAAAUUUACCGCAGGAACUUCAAACAAUGACGCGGGAAUUAUGCCUAUUAAAAGAGCAGUUAUUAGAAAAAGAUGAAGAGAUUGUCGAGCUCAAAGCAGAACGGAACAAUACUCGACUUCUUCUAGAGCACCUAGAAUGUUUAGUUUCCCGUCAUGAAAGAUCACUCCGAAUGACGGUCAUGAAGAGACAAGCUCAAAACCACGCUGGCGUAUCUUCUGAAGUUGAAGUUCUAAAAGCUCUUAAGAGUUUAUUCGAGCAUCACAAGGCAUUGGAUGAAAAAGUUCGUGAACGUCUUCGAGUAGCAAUGGAGCGUGUGGCGACACUUGAAGAAGAGCUGAGCACAAAAGGAGAUGAGAAUUCGUCGCUGAAAGCGCGUAUUGCCACUUACGCAGCAGAAGCGGAAGAAGCAAUGGCGUCAAAUGCACCCAUCAAUGGUUCAAUUAGCAGUGAAAGUGCAAACAGACUUAUCGAAAUGCAAGAGGCUUUAGAAAGAAUGAAAACAGAAUUAGCCAACUCACUAAAACAAUCAACUGAGAUCACAACAAGAAAUGCCGAACUCGAGGAUCAAUUGACAGAAGAUGCUCGUGAAAAACAUGCUGCACAGGAAUCAAUCGUUCGUUUGAAGAAUCAAAUUUGCGAGCUUGAUGCACAACGCACCGAUCAAGAAACUCGGAUAACAACGUUUGAGUCGCGUUUCCUGACCGCGCAAAGAGAGUCAACGUGUAUCCGGGACCUCAAUGACAAAUUGGAGCAUCAGCUUGCCAAUAAAGAUGCGGCUGUCAGGUUGAAUGAGGAAAAAGUUCAUUCACUUCAAGAAAGAUUGGAGUUGGCAGAGAAGCAACUUGCACAAAGUCUCAAAAAAGCUGAAUCCCUUCCGUCUGUAGAAGCCGAAUUACAACAAAGAAUGGAAGCACUUACAGCAGCUGAACAGAAGAGUGUUUCUGCUGAAGAGCGCAUCCAAAGGUUGGACCGAAACAUUCAAGAGUUGUCUGCAGAGUUGGAAAGGGCUGUGCAAAGAGAACGCAUGAACGAAGAGCACAGCCAACGGUUAAGUAGCACUGUGGACAAGCUUUUAUCGGAAUCUAAUGAUCGCCUUCAACUGCAUCUCAAAGAACGAAUGCAAGCCCUCGAUGACAAAAAUCGGUUAACACAACAGCUUGAUGGAACAAAGAAAAUUUAUGAUCAAGCGGAACGAAUCAAAGAUCGUCUUCAGCGGGAUAAUGAAUCUCUACGGCAAGAGAUUGAAGCUCUUAGGCAACAAUUGUACAAUGCAAGAACUGCGCAAUUCCAGUCAAGAAUGCAUGCAAUUCCGUUUACACAUGCUCAAAACAUUGUGCAGCAACAACCACAAGCUUCGAUUGCUCAGCAAUCUGCAUACCAAAUGUACAAACAACAACCAGCUCAACAGUAUCAAACUGUAGGAAUGAGAAGACCAAAUAAAGGAAGGAUUUCAGCACUCCAGGACGAUCCGAACAAAGUUCAAACCCUCAACGAGCAAGAAUGGGAUCGACUUCAACAAGCGCAUGUUCUUGCCAACGUCCAGCAAGCAUUUUCCUCAUCACCAUCACUGGCCGACGUCGGUCAAUCGACUCUUCCACGUCCUAACACUGCUGUCCAACACCAGCAAGAUGAUAUGAUGAACAGUGGAAUGGGAAUGCCAAGUGGAAUGCAGGGAGGAAUGCAAGGUGGAAUGGGUGGUGGUCAAGAUGCUCAGAUGUUGGCAUCAAUGCUACAAGAUCGCUUAGAUGCAAUAAAUACUGAAAUAAGAUUGAUUCAACAAGAGAAACAUCACGCAGAACGGGUGGCUGAACAGUUAGAACGAUCAAGUCGGGAAUUCUAUGAUGAUCAGGGAAUAUCUACGAGAAGUUCACCAAGAGCAAGUCCCCAAUUAGAUAAUAUGCGACAACAUAAGUAUAACACUCUUCCUGCAAAUGUAUCCGGUGACCGACGGUAUGAUAUUUACGGCAAUCCGCAGUUUGUUGACGACCGCAUGGUUAGAGAUUUGGACUACGAGCCACGACGAGGGUACAACCAAUUUGACGAGAUGCAAUACGAAAGAGAUCGAAUGAGUCCAGCUUCGUCAGUCGCUUCCUCGACAGAUGGCGUUCUUGGCGGAAAGAAGAAAAGAUCGAAUAGCUCAAGUGGAUUGAAAACGCUUGGAAGGUUUUUCAACAAAAAGAAAAAUUCAUCGAGUGAUUUAUUCAAACGAAAUGGAGAUUAUUCGGAUGGCGAGCAGUCGGGCACAGAAGGAAACCAAAAAGCUGAUUACGACAGGAGGAAAAAGAAGAAGCAUGAACUAUUAGAGGAAGCCAUGAAAGCACGAACACCGUUUGCUCUUUGGAAUGGUCCAACUGUUGUUGCCUGGCUGGAGCUGUGGGUUGGCAUGCCAGCGUGGUAUGUAGCUGCGUGUAGAGCAAAUGUGAAAUCCGGUGCAAUAAUGUCAGCUUUGAGUGAUCAAGAAAUCCAGAAGGAGAUUGGAAUCUCAAACCCAUUGCACAGGUUGAAAUUGCGACUUGCAAUUCAGGAAAUGGUUUCUUUAACGUCACCAUCUGCCCCACGAACUGCUCGUCUGACUCUUGCCUUCGGAGAUAUGAAUCAUGAAUAUAUUGGAAACGACUGGCUUCCUUGUCUCGGUCUUGCGCAAUACCGAUCAGCGUUUAUGGAAUGUCUUCUUGACGCUCGAAUGUUAGAACAUCUUUCAAAACGUGACCUACGCACGCAUCUGCGCAUGGUAGACACAUUCCAUCGUACAAGUCUCCAAUACGGAAUUAUGUGUCUCAAGAAAGUCAACUAUGAUAAGAAAGUGUUGGCGGAUCGGCGAAAGGCGUGUGAUAAUAUCAACACAGACUUGCUAGUGUGGUCGAAUGAACGAGUUCAGCGAUGGGUGGAAGAAAUCGGGCUAGGUGUAUUUUCAAGAAAUUUAGUGGAUAGUGGAAUACAUGGUGCAUUAAUUGCACUGGAUGAAACGUUUGACGCAUCCGCUUUUGCAUAUGCACUCCAGAUUGGAUCUCAAGACGUUCCUAACAGACAACUACUGGAAAAGAAAUUCAUUGGCUUAGUCAACGAUCACCGUCAACAAUCCGAUCCCCAUCCGAGAAGUGGAAGUUCUCGUAAGAAUGAUUCCAUAGCAAAAUCCUACGAGUUUCAUUUAUAUACCUAGUUAGUUAGUUAAAUUAAAAUUUUUUCCGCUCCCUCUCACUCGUUCGUGUCUUUCCUGUCAUUCGUGCUAGUCUAAACGACCUUAUACCGCCUGCUUCUGUAAUUUUUUAUUGACGAUUUCAGUUUUUCGGUAUUUUAAGUUUUAAUUAUUCUCAUUAUCAUAUCCAUAUUUUUUCCAUUCUCAAGUUUUUCCCUAAAUAUCUUUUUAGCACGUUUUUCUUCUGGUAAAAAUCAAAAAGAUAGAAAGAAAGUGCGCUAAUAUUCAAUUUUUCUACAAAACCAAAUACUUUUAACUUAUUUCCUUGAUUAUUAAUUAUAGUUUUUAUCCAAUCUCAUCAUUGUUUUCGAUUCUUGGCAAACAACAUUCCGUUUACAUUGUUUUCUAAUAAAAACGUUUCAUUUU